AGUAAGUUACAUCUAUAAUCUAUAUUCUAAUAAAAUAUAGCAUAUUCGUAUGAUUUAAAAAGAUUAUCGCGAUGAUCACUGCCGCUGUCAUAGGAUUUACCAUCGGCUCAUUAUUGAAAACCGUAGUCGUAGCCCAACAGAACGUUUCAUUUUUAAACGGACUUCCAGAAAACUUUACAUCAGACGGCGCCAUCGACGUGCAGUAUACAUCAUGUAAAGUCAUCACUGACCGUAUCGUGGCCACCGCAGAGGGAAAGUUUUCGCGGUUUUGUCAUGGAAUUUGCAACAUAAAUGAGACAAACGUGAGGCUGCACCACAUCGAAAAGUUGUUAACAGAAGAUGCAGAAAACAUAAAACAACGAUUGUUUCAUAUAGAACGCGUUUUAUUGAGCGGACAAACCAUUAGCAAAACCGGCGACGGUGCUGCGGUGCAGGACACCGAGAGACUCCGGGAGAUCGGUACGUACAACGGCACGGUGUCUACCGUCGACGAAGGUCCGGUAGCCGGAAGUGGACGUCCGCGGAGCCUGCUGACCACGAACACGGUGUUCGUCUACUAUUGGCGUGUGGAUGCGUUCUGGCGGCUGUCGUUCGGCCCGGACGGCCUGGCCCGCAGUCCGCCGUUUUACGUGUCACCUCGCAGCUACCGGAUCUCGCUUUCCGUCCAUUCGGACGUGACGGCCCGCACAGUCCGCGUGGCGGCCGUGCCGGCCGCCGGUGAGUACGACGAGCAACUCAGGUGGCCGUUCGCGCACCGGAUCCGGCUCAGCGUGCUCGACCAGACGGACGUCGGGCCCGAGGACAUCGUGUCCCGGGUCUGGGACGACGUCCAGUGCGCCGCCGCCGAACCACCGACUACGCAGCACCGCCGCCAGAACCAGCGCACCGCCGCCGAAACCGUCUGCGCGUCCAUGGAGUUCCGGCACGACGUGCUUACGUACAGGCGUUACGCGGCCGGCGACGCGAUCAUCGUCAAGCUGACCGUGUUCUUGAAUCAGUGAUCGCGUCGAGGACCUUAUCGUCUUAGACCUCGAUCCGCACAACAAAUUCGACCCGACCGAGAAUUUGGUCGAUGAUAAAAAAUGCUAAUUAAUUAAUAUUUUUAGUAAAAAUUUGUGUUUUUUUUUCACGUAAGUUGAUCACGAUAGUGGGAGUAAAUAUGAGUUUACUUGCGACUUAUUGAUAACAUAGAUACACAUUGUAUUCAGGAGUAGGUUAUGAUGGUCAAUAACAUCUUUUCCGAAAUAUACUUAUAUAUAGGUACAUUAUUCAACAUAUUUAUUUACCUAUCGUAUAGUUUUUAAUUAAAGCUAGCCACCAAGAAAUUAUGUGCAAAUAAUAGAUUUUUUGCAAAGCGCUAUUACCUUAAACCAAAUUUUGAGUUUUCUAAUCUAAAACUACAUAUAUUUUUGUUACUAAGUUCUAUGUAGGCAAGAUAUUGAUAAUUGAUUUGUGGAAAGCGUUAAUUUUUCUUUUCUUUUAGACAGUGGAUGUUUGAUGUGUCGGACACUAAAUUUUGGUAUGACACACACACACACACACACAUAGAUUAGAACUAUUUGCGCUGAGUACCCUAUAUAAAAGUAACUAAGCAGUAGCAGUGGAGAAUAACCAUAUAUGUAGACGAGGAACCGUUUUUUUAUUUUUUAUUGGGUGUAAACCUAGCCUAAUUGUUAGCAAGGAUUGUAAUGAACACGACUGCAUUCUGUAAUAAAUAACAACUUACAUGCUGUCAUUUAUUUAAUUAGCUAUUAUACAAUGCUUGCCAUUUAUAUAUAAAUAUACGUGUUGAUAUUCAU